CACUGUGUCUGGAUGGGGAUGGAUACUUACCUCACAUAUGUCUAUGUCAGGUCCCAUUUGGAUGAGUACAUCUGCAUGGUCACUGCAGAAUUUCCCCCCAUUGUCCAUUCUAGCAGCUGCCAGGAUCACAAAGGGUGUGCUGAAGAUUGGGCUGCAGUGUGGUGGAAUGGUAUGGGGCAACUCCUCCUUGAUGGAAAGAACCCAUGGUGUUUGGACAAAGCUAUUGAUCACUUCAAAGGAUUGCAAUUUGGCCAGGUUGGUGUGGAUUGUAAGAGGCAUAUGUUUUCACAUAUAAUGAACCUGAACAAACCACUUGCACAUUCUCAUCAAUUCAUUACU